CCAAGGUCAAGAAUCUUGAUGUUAGUGCGCUCCCGUUCCGUGCUUAUGCCAAGAUUUGGGACGAUUGGUAUCGUGAUGGUAAUCUUCAGGACUCUAUUAUCAAGUAUCAUGAAGACCUUGAUGAUGGCAACCCCCACAAUAUCAAUUGGAACACCCUUUUGAAGCGUGGCAAGCGUCACGAUUACUUUACCUCGGCUCUUCCGUGGCCUCAGCGCGGCGAAGCCGUACAGAUUCCGCUCGGCUCUCGUGCAGAUGUCUACGGCACUGGUCAGCCUAUGUUUGUCGGUGAGGUUAGUGCUUAUAAUCAGCCGCAUUCCAUCAAUUUGCAUAAUGGUACUAAGGAUUUUGAUCUAGCUACAAAUGCCUCCGUUACCGGUAAGGCUUCCUUUGCCACUAAGGGUGAGCUUGGUUCUAACCUUCCGUAUCUCUACGCUGAUUUGUCUACCGCUACGGCGGCCACUAUCAACAGUCUCCGCAUGGCCUUUCAGCUUCAGCGUCUCCUAGAGACCGAUGCCCGUGCGACAGGAAGCCGUAUCUGCGAAAUCAUCCGUGCGCAUUUCUCCACGAUCUGCCCCGAUGCGCGUCUUCAGCGUUCCGAGUACCUUGGCGGCUCUUCUCAGCAGAUUGCCUUCUCCACUGUUACUCAGACCUCCGGAACUACUGACGAUACUCCUCAGGGCAACCUUACCGCAAACGGCAAGUGCGUCUCUCAUUCUGGCUUUACCAAGUCCUUCUCCGAGUGGGGUUAUAUUAUCGGCCUUGCCUCGGAGAAUCCGCCUCUUAAGCGUGUAAUCGCGGUUCAGGAUGAGCCCGAGUUGAUUCUUGAUGCCUACCUUGGGCAGACUUGGACCCGUCCCCUCGGUUGUUACUCUAUUCCUGGUCUCAUUGACCACCUGUAA